AGGCAUAUAUAAACAACUAGCAUAUGGCUUUCAACUCUCCUGGCUUGGCUAUGGAUGUGCAAAUACAAAAUGCGGACCAGAUGAAAGCUGUGCGUUGAACUUAAACAUGACCGGAUUAGAGUGCCGCUCUUAUAGUCGGUUCAUGAAGAUCAUAAGAUUCAUCACAUCCAGAAUCCUAUACCUAUUGCCAUCUCUAUCUAACUACCGUUAUUAUCAUUUCGACACGGCUUACCAGCUGCUUCUGGUCUCUAUGGUCGUUUACAGCGGAGUGUUCCAAGCAGUCAAACUAUCAUUUGGCCUUCCAUUUAUAAUUGCAUUACUAAUAUACAAAUGGCGAAGGAGGCACUUCUCAAUGUAUGACAAUAUAGAAGACUUUCUGCAGAGUGACAAUAAUCUCAUGCCAGUAAGGUACUCUUACUCAGAAAUCAAAAAGAUGGCUAGCGGAUUCAUGGACAAAUUGGGUGAAGGAGGCUUUGGCACCGUGUACAAGGCAAAGCUCCGCAGUGGUCGCCUUGUGGCCACCAAGAUUUUGAGUAGGUCCAAAACUAAUGGGCAAGAUUUUAUCAAUGAGGUUGCUACUAUCGGGAGGAUUCGCCAUGUUAACGUGGUGCGACUUAUAGGCUUCUGUGUUGACCAUUCAAACCGUGCACUUGUUUAUGAUUUAAUGUCAAAUGGCUCUCUUGACAAGUACAUUUUUUCUCAGCAAGGUGCUAUCUCCUUAAGCUGUGAGAAAAUAUUUGAGAUUGCAGUUGGAGUGGCUCGUGGAAUCCAAUAUCUCCAUCAAGGAUGUAACAUGCGAAUUUUGCAUUUUGACCUCAAGCCCCACAACAUUCUUCUUGACGAGAAUUUUACUGCCAAGAUUUCUGAUUUUGGAUUAGCAAGGCUAUACCCAUUGGAUAACAGCAUUGUGUCUUUGACUGCAGCAAGAGGAACCAUAGGAUACAUGGCUCCAGAGUUAUUCUACAAAAACAUUGGAGGUGUAUCAUACAAAGCAGAUGUGUAUAGUUUUGGUAUGUUAAUGUUGGAAAUGGCUGGUAGAAGGAAGAACUUGAAUGCAGCCAUAGAUCAUUCAAGCGAAUUUAGCCAAAUCUACUUUCCUACAUGGGUUUCUGAUCAAUUGAAUCAAGGGAAGGAGAUCAAAAUAGGUUAUGCCACUGAAGAUGAAAUGAAAAUCAUAAAGAAGAUGAUCAUAGUGGCAUUGUGGUGCAUACAAAUGAAGCCUAUUGAACGCCCUUCAAUGAGCAAUGUAGUAGAAAUGCUUGAAGGAGAAAUUGAGAGCCUCCAAAUACCUCCAAAGCCUUUCUUAUAUCCACAACAAAUACCAGAAGAUGAUGUUGAGGACAAUUUAAGUACUACAUGUGCAUCAAGAAUGACAGAAUCUACAGAGAUCAUCAAUUUGAUUGCAGAUGGAAAUUAAGUGAUUUUGUAUAUGUCAAUAUGUGAUGUUAGGGCCAUGAAAUUUCACUAUAAAAUUAUAAAUUUGAUAGCUUAAAAACAUUUUAAGUUUGAAUUAAUGUACAAAAUACAAUUAAACUUGCUUUUGA